AUGCAACCUUUUACUAGCCUACCGUAUCGUAUCUCUUCAUUACCCGCCGUGGCGUCCUUGCUUUUGAUUAUAUCUAAACUUCUGUAUAAAAAAGAAGAGCAAGAUUCUUCUCCUGAAACUAUCUCUCCACUGGUAAACGGGAACCCCAAUCCUCCUUCUAUUGAUAUACAGGCUGUGAUGACUCCUCCUGUUGUUACCGAUCCCGCCGGAGAUCCUGAAGUUCAAUCAAGUUUAGGGACGUUGACGCUGCAAGUGGAUGCUCCAAUUAAUGGUCCAAUUUCAAUCGCUGAUGAGUCAACGUCAGUCAACAGACCAAACGUGGAAAACCCACUCCAGUCAUACCUAGGCGAGUUUCUUCUCCGUGUAACCCAGCUUUCCAACGAGUCUAUACACCCGGAGCCAUCCAACCAUCAGAGGCUUGAGAGUCCACUGGCUGCGCCUUCAACAGAUGUCCCCAACGAUGGAAUAGAGACAUCCUCUGGUAAUAAUGCUUCUACCGAGACACCUCCCGAUUACCGUGGCGAGGAUGCCGAGAGAGCAUACGUUGGUGGAAAUACGUCUGAUGACGGUGAUGAAGACGACGAGAGAGCAUUCUUUAGCGCAAAUGCGUCAGAGGACGGUGAAGGCGAGAGAGCAUUUGUUAACCAAAAUAUGUCAGAGGAACCUCGUGAAGAUAUGAUGUUGGGUGUGUAUUUUAAUAUCACAUACAAUGCCAAGUCACUUAUUUGUUCGGCACAAGUUAUCGAAGACGCCUACGCAUCUACUAGUAAUGAAAGUGAGGACGGACUCCAUGCGUCGAGAACUGCGCGCGACGCUCUCGAAUCUUCGUUGAGAAUCAUCUUUCAUGCCGUCGAUAGCAGCAAAAACCGAUUCAUUGAAGCUUUAGAGAGGCUCCCUGACCGUGCAGGGCAGGAUUUAAACCCGCUCAUUCAUUCGGCGCUGGCUGAUGAGAAAAUCUUAAAAUCUAUGUUAAGCGUCAUCCGCCAGCACAAAAUAUCGUUGCCCAUCUACAUGAAUCGAUGUGGCCUUGUCGAUGUUUUUGACUCAGACCUCUCUCCAACCUUCCGACGCACUCAGCAUCCACGAGCUUCAACGGAUAGGAUCCCUUUUUAUCCCUGUCGUAUUCCAGAGAUGCGAGGGCUUCCGUCACAUUACUUAUUCCCACUUUCACCAACAACCAGAAGAGAGCAAGGAAGUCCCGCUUUGGUCACAACCUAUGCAAUGUUCGCGCGAAAUUUCGACGUAUUCACUGGUGGCGCUUUCACAAAACUGACCAGUUGGGAUAACAUAAUAGUUGCAGGAGGGUCUAUCUUGGCGUGCGCCACUACCCAUUCUGCGAAUAUUACCGAACGUGACCUGAGGAAUUUGUUCCUCAUGUCCUCAACGUUUGAGCAUGCGAACAUUGAUGUCUUUCUUUAUGAUAUGUCUGAGGCAGAAGCUAAGAGUCGCAUUCUCCAGCUCCAGUGUGAGAUCGACUCUGCCCUCACCUCGAAUUCAAUCUGCGUUCGCCGCAAACAUUCUAUCAUGGUUUAUUCGAGCUGGCCUCAAAAACCUAUCAAGAUUGCUUUCAGAGUGUAUAACUCUCCUGCGGAGAUUUUGACAAGCAUUGAUGUUGAUUGUGCAGCAAUCCUUUAUGAUGGCAUUUCGGUCUAUGUUACUCCUCGUAGUCUAGCGGCAAUCGUAAGGCAAUGUAACAUGAUCGACCUUCAACGAUGGUCGCCCGAAUACGAAUUUAGACUUGCAAAAUACGGUGCAAGAUCCUACGAAGUUUAUAUUCCACAGAUGGAACGGCGAAAGUUUGUCUACGAAGACAAGGGACUUGCCUUACUGAAAACACUCGAGAUGGAAUUUAUGAUUCCAUCUCGCUUUGAACGCAUGAAUCGCAUUGCCUGGACUGGACGCUCACAGCCUUUCUUAUUCCCUGAUAGCUCUCCUACGUCCCAAUUUGCAGUCCGUGUCAAGGAGACCAUUACCGCAGAAACAAUCCUUGCAGAUGUUCAGGAUUUUUUCGCCACAGGCGACGAUAAACGAGGGUCGUCGGUUGCACCGUCAUACAAUGUUCGCAGGCUCAAUGGAACAAUGUCUCGACCAAUUUUGCCACGAUUGCCCGGAGCCAUUGAGCCGCGAGGAGAAAGACCAAGUUCAAAGAGAAAGAGCCUACAUCAGAGGGCCGGUUCAGUGGAUAAUGACGUCCUUCUAAGGUUCCGUACAGAUGACCCAGGUCGUUUUUUUGUGAUCCGAGACGACAAAGAAAAUGAGGCGCCGGAUUUUGACACUUGGCUUAUGAGUGCAUAUGAGAGAGCAUGUUAG